AUGUCGACCAACUCCAGUGACGCAGAGGCGCGCUUCGAGAAGGCCCUCACCUUCGUAACUCAAGCCGCCUCCGAACACGCCUUUCCUCUUCUUCUUGAGACGGCCUUGACGUCAAUAUUCACUGUCAUGCUGGUCUACUUCCUCUUCCAACGCUGGCCAAUUCGUCGCGGAACAUCGAUAUGGCCGCUAGGACUGGCCCUCUGCAUGUACACGCUGGCAACCGGAAUGUGGGCUCUUGACAUAGUCAUUCUGAGUCAGUACCUGUAUCGAGGCACAGCCUACGAGCUGUCAAUUACUCCCGACCCGGAAAUCAAGUCCUCCUUUCUCCGGGUACUCGACGGGGUGCAACUAGCGGAGAACUUGCUGACACAGGCAAUCUACAUUAUGAGCGACUUAAUCACACUGUGGAGAGUAUACAUCGUGUAUCAGAGACCGAAGUGGCUGUUGUGCCUAUUGAUCUUCACGGGCCUUCUUGAGACAGGGUGCUCUGCGGGCUUCAUAGACGCCACACAAUACGUGGGUCAAUAUCAAUCCGAGGUGCACUUCGAAGUGGUGGUCAAGGCUCUGUACGUGACUGUGGCAGCUUCUACGACAGCCUGUCAGGUGUUUGCUUCGACCAUGAUCGGCUACAAAGCAUGGUCGCACUGGAAGGAGAUCAAGGAGUUCGUUGGGCCCACUAACUCGCGACGAACCAUCCACAUACUUGUCCUGAUUGUGGAGACGGGACUCAUCUACGCCGCGCUUUGGAUCUGGUUCGUGCUCAUAUGGGCAUAUAACGCCCAUGAUAUCACGGCAUUCUACUGGUCGGGAUACUAUAUGAUCACCCUAUCAGCAAUGUAUCCGACUCUCAUUGUCAUGCUCGCUUCGGCGCAUGGGUCGAUCGUAGAGCGAAGCGUCUACGUUCCCUCUCGUGCGAGUGCCAUAGACAUCGUCAUCCCGGCAAUCGCAUCGGCUUACCAGGCGGAGUUGUCUCACAGCUCUCCGGAAGGCCCUGACAUGUCCCAAGCAUUCACGGACCUGAGAUGCGAGCAGAAGAUAGAGCAGUCGGUCAUGAGCGCAAAGUUUCCGCCAGAGAAGCUCACCACAUCGACUCCAGAUAGCCUCGCUCACAACGAGCUGAUAGUAUAA